AUGCCCUCUUCCCGGCCGUAUAUAUCCGCGUGCGUACAACGUCCAGAAAACCACAGCCCAAACGACCGAGCUAGCCCUUCAAGAAACAAACCAUCAUACGAGACAGACGCCGGCCGCGACACAAGCGGACGAUCCCCGGAGUGCGGAUCGAUGGCGCCGGUGAGCAACGAGACGUUCCUCCCGACGGCGGCGUGGGGGGAGGCCACGCUGCGCCCGUCCUUCGUGCGGGACGAGGACGAGCGGCCCAAGGUGGCGCACGACCGCUUCAGCGAUGCGGUGCCGGUGAUCUCGCUCGACGGCAUCGACGGCGCGCGCCGGGCCGAGAUCCGGGACCGCGUGGCGGCGGCCUGCGAGGGAUGGGGCAUCUUCCAGGUGGUCGACCACGGCGUCGACGCCGACCUCAUCGCCGACAUGACACGCCUCUCUCGCGAGUUCUUCGCGCUGCCCGCCGAGGACAAGCUCCGGUACGACAUGUCCGGGGGCAAGAAGGGCGGCUUCAUCGUCUCCAGCCACCUGCAGGGUGAGGCGGUGCAGGACUGGAGGGAGAUAGUGACCUACUUCUCGUACCCGGUGAAGGCGAGGGACUACGGGCGGUGGCCGGAGAAGCCGGCGGGGUGGCGCGCGGUGGUGGAGCGAUACAGCGAGCGACUCAUGGGACUGUCGUGCAAGCUGCUGGGCGUGCUGUCGGAGGCGAUGGGCCUGGAAUCGGAGGCGCUCGCCAAGGCGUGCGUUGACAUGGACCAGAAGGUGGUGGUCAACUUCUACCCGCGCUGCCCCCAGCCGGACCUCACCCUGGGCCUCAAGCGCCACACCGACCCCGGCACCAUCACCCUCCUCCUGCAGGACCUCGUCGGCGGCCUUCAGGCCACCCGCGACGGCGGCAAGACCUGGAUUACCGUCCAGCCCAUCUCCGGCGCCUUCGUCGUCAACCUCGGCGACCACGGCCACUUCAUGAGCAACGGGAGGUUCAAGAACGCGGACCACCAGGCGGUGGUGAACGGGGAGAGCAGCCGGCUGUCGAUCGCGACGUUCCAGAACCCGGCGCCGGACGCGAGGGUGUGGCCGCUGGCGGUGAGGGAGGGGGAGGAGCCCAUACUGGAAGAACCCAUCACCUUCGCCGAGAUGUACCGCCGCAAGAUGGAGCGCGACCUCGACCUCGCCAAGCGCAAGAAGCAGGCCAAGGACCAGCUGAUGCAGCAGCAGCUCCAGCUCCAGCAGCAGCAGGCGGUCGCCGCCGCGCCCAUGCCGGCGGCCACCAAGUCUCUCAACGAAAUUCUUGCCUGA